AUGGACCCGAUGGAUCCACACAAUCCGGCCCUUGACGCCUUACUCCAAGCAGCAGAAAGACAUCGACGAGAUAAUGAAAGAUACCUGCUGGAGGCAGAAAACAAACAUCUACGCGAGCAGCUCAGGAGGACGACGGCUAGUUUUGCAACUAGCACUCCGUGCGCAACACACCCUGCUUCUGCAUCUAGCUCGAGCUGUGUUGAGAACUCUUUGGCUGACGCGCUGGCAAAACUCGCUGAUAGUAUAACGAAAAAGGACAGGUUGCCUAAGAAGGAACCAGCAAUAUUCACCGGUAGUGUGUUCGAAUAUCCGGUGUGGAAAAACUCGUUCAAGGUGCUAGUUGAAGAUAGUUACCCGGACUUUACUGACAGAUUAUAUUAUCUCGGCAAGUAUACGGCCGGAGACGCGAAAGAUUGCAUCAAAGGAAUGCUUGCAAUCAACAGUGAAGGUUCCUACCAGAAGGCUCGUAGCGUGCUUGAUGAGCGAUUUGGAGACAAGUUUCGGUUAGCCCGUUCCUUCCGGGACAAGAUUGACGCGUUACCAGAUGUCAAGCCUGGUGAUGGCAAAGGCCUUGAGAAGCUUGCCGACUUCAUGGCUCAGUGCAACACAGCGAUUGGUGAAUUGUCUCACCUUGGGGUCCUGAAUGAUCCUGAGGAGUAA